AUGAUUGCUAAUAAGAUACUAUUUAGAUCGAUUAGAUCUUUACAAAUACAACACAAUACAACAUCAUUAGGAACGAAACGUUUAAAAUUUUUAUUAUUACAAAAAAAUGAGUAUUUUUUCAAACCAUAUAAUUUUUAUCAAAAUCAUCAAUUCAUUCCAAGAUUUUAUUCAACAACAGUUCAUACGCAUCAAUUACCAUCACAUUCACACCAAUUACCACUAUUCAGACAAAUAUUAACACAUUCUACCACCACCUCGUCAUCUUCAUCCUAUUUUUUAAGACAUUCAAUAUUAUUAUUAACAACCACAACACUAAUCAUUCCAACACUUUACUUCUUCUUUACCAGUCUCGAUAAAGCACCUAAUACCAAUCGAUUACGAUUAAUGAUGCCAUUAUGGUCAUGGGAAAUUGGCGAAUUGGUCAAAAUUUCUAAACAACACAUCACUCAACUUCCAACCAUCACUGAUCAACAAGAUCCAAGAUUACAAUUGAUUGAUCAUGUGAUCAAUAGAUUAUGGAAAUGUGGAAAACCCAAAGUUCAUCUAAUUUACGAUGAUGAAAUGUUGGAUGGUGUUAGUUAUGCUUCAUCAGAUAUAACGGUGACAACUUGUUGGUUAAGAUUUAUUGAUUAUGAUGAAGAAUUGUUGGCUUCAGUUUUGGCACAUGAAUUGGCUCAUAUUAUGCAAGAUCAUGCAAUUGAAUUUUAUGGUGUUUGGAGCUUAACAGGUUUUUUUGAUCAAUUAUUAUUCUUUACUAGCAAUCAUAACAGCAGUAAUAAAUAUAUUAAAAGAUAUUUGGAAAAACAUUCACAAGAAUUAGAGAAAGAGGCUGAUUUGUUGGGACAACAGAUAAUGGCAAGGUCUGGUUAUAAUCCAAUGAAAGCUAUUGAAUUAUGGGAAAAGAUGAAGGAAUUAGAUGAAAUGAACAACAAUAUUAUUAACACGGGUGAGGGGAUUGAUCACAAUAUAAAGAGUGAAAAUGUUAAUCCUUCAAUAUUAUUUAAACACCAUCCAUCAAAAUCUCAAAGGAUAGAAUAUUUAAAAGAUAAUUUAAUAAAUGUACAACAUUUUUAUGAUCAAAUUGUUCAUAAUAAUAAAUAUGAAGGAGAUUCAAAUUAUAAAUUUUUUGAUAAAGAUUUGAGUCUACGAAGGUUAGAAUUAACUACCUUAGCAGUUUUUGGUAUAAAAGUUGCAUGUUGA